AUGGCUCCUCACUUGAGCAAUGACGAACACACCGCUAACCUGGCUUCUGUUUCCAGUUCUUCACGUCCCUUGCGGGUCUACUCACAAGACCUCUCAAAGAUCUCGUGGCUCCGUGUUUCUCUCUCAAAGCCCCUGGUUGACGGCGUCUCCAACUCACCACCAUCGAUUUUGAUCCGGGCUACGGACGGCAACACCAGCGCUCCUAACCCUAAAUCGACCGGCAAGGAAUCCAGCAUUGCCAAGAAGCCAUCUUCAACAAACAAAGUCAAGUUCUCUACAGUUGUGAAGCCGGAGGAUCUUGAGGCUUUCUACACACGAUAUGCGGACGUUUGCAAAGCUGGAAUGACUGGGUUGAAGAAGCGAGACCGCAGCAAGCGCAAGGCGAAGGGCAAAGGUGGCGCGGCCAAGGCGACAAAAGCAUGA